AUGGGGGUCAAAAAAGAAAAAGAAAUAAAACUCGAAGAAAAUAUCGAUGAAUCUUCACUUUCUUUCUUUCAAAUAUUUCGUUACGCGUCGUGGUUGGAGCUUACGGCCACAAUCUUGGGGACAGUAUUCGGACUUCUCAGUGCUGGAGGUGUCACUUACAACCUGAUGCAAGUUGGAGAAAUGAGCACUGCCUUUGUUGAGAGAACUGUUCCGCCGGACAGAUUGACCAGUAAAAUGCCUAUAAUGUCUCUAUUUGGAGGCGGUCGGAGAUUAUACAAUGCCACGCACGAAGAAAAUAUGGCUGCUUUGAUCGAAGAUGCACAAGCUGUGGCUAUAGGGGCAUUUGUCAGUAUAAUCUUCUCGAUAUUAUGCAACGUUCUGUCGGUGGCUUUGGUAAGCUGGAGCGCACUCAAACAGAUAACUACCAUACGAAAGCUAUUUCUGACAGCAGUACUUCGUCAAGACAUGACUUGGUUUGAUACCGAUUCUGAUUUCAAUUUAGCUUCGAAAAUGUCUGAAAAUCUAAUGAAGCUUAAAGAAGGUAUGGGUGAGAAAUUGGCCGUGGUAUCUAACUUAGUAGGUACCUCCAUCAUAUGUUUAUGUACUGCGUUUCCCCUGGGUUGGAAGCUCGCGCUCGCUUGCAUCACCGUUAUGCCAUUCUCAAUAAUGGCUUCUGUCGCUCUUACAAAUUAUCAAACCAAAUCCUCUAUUCGAGAAAUGGAAUCUUACAGUCAAGCGGGAAAGCAAGCCGAAGAAGUAUUAAAAUCUGUAAAGACGGUCGUGGCAUUUGGUGGAGAAAAUAUUGAAGUUCAACGUUACAAAUCAUUGUUAGAGCCCGCUGAAAUAAGUGGACGCAGACGCGGCUUAUUCACAGGACUGGGAAACGGUUUUAAUUGGGUUCUCACGUAUUCUCUAAACACAAUUGGAUUCAUGUAUGGCACUCGACUCAUUAUUGAAGAUGCCAACAAACCAGACGAUGAGAGAACUUACGUUAUUGGAAUUGUAUUAAGUAUUACAUUUUCGGUGUACAUGGCGACACAAUCGAUUACGCUCUGUGUGCCUCAUAUGGAAGUGUUCGCGACGGCCCGUGGUGCGGCCGCCAGUAUUUUUAGCUUGUUGGACAAACACCCUAAAAUUGACUGCCUAAGUGACGCGGGUUCUUCUCCGCGAAGAGUCAUAGGGGAAAUUUCUUUAGAAGACGUACACUUUAGUUACCCAUCUCGUCCGGAUAUUAAGAUCUUGAAGGGAUUUUCUCUUCACAUAAAACCCGGAGAAAGCGUGGCGUUGGUUGGCUCAUCUGGUUGUGGCAAAUCAACUAUACUCCAACUCCUGCAAAGGCUAUACGAUCCUAAUCAAGGCUCCGUGAAACUAGACGGGAGAAAUUUGAAAACUCUAAACAUAGGAUGGCUACGAUCUUCGUUGGGUGUGGUAGGACAAGAGCCUGUCCUUUUUCGAGGAACGAUUUACGAUAAUAUAGCCAUUGGGUAUCCAGAAGCAACAAGUGAAGAUGUUUACAGAGUAGCAGAAAUGGCUUAUGCACAUGAAUUCAUCAAGAAUUUACCAAACGGCUAUGAAACAGUGAUAGGUGAGCGUGGAGCCUCAUUAUCCGGCGGUCAGAAACAACGCAUAGCCAUAGCACGAUCACUUCUACGUGAACCAGCUGUUCUGCUGUUAGAUGAAGCUACUUCAGCAUUAGAUCCUCACUCCGAAAAACAAGUUCAAGCUGCAUUGGACAGAGCAAGCGUUGGCAGAACCACACUAACAGUCUCACACAGAUUGUCGACUAUCGUGAAUUGCCAUCGAAUUAUUUGCAUGGAUCAAGGAACUAUUAUUGAGCAAGGGACUCAUGUUGAACUGAUGAAGGCCAAAGGUUUUUAUCACAAACUAGUUACCAGCGGAAAAGAGACCAAAGAGCCAGAAGAAAUUGGAACGGUGCUGGAAGAACCAGAAACAGAACAAAAUGGCGAACUUCAGCCAGCGGUGCGACCCGAACCAGAUGUCAAAAGACGAUCUGUAAGGAAACUUCACAGGCGUCAGUCCGCCAAAGGAGCUCACGAAUGGAUGGCUACACCACGAGGGUCAAUUUCCUCAAUUAUGUCAACAGCCUUACAAAGCCACGCUUACAGCGACCAUUAUGAAAUAGAAGAAAUUGAUGACGAUGAGGACGUGACCCCGGUUAGUGAUUGGCAGCUUCUGAAGCUUAAUGCACCCGAGUGGCUCUAUCUUACAGUCGGAUCCAUUGCAGCUUUCAUUCAAGGAGCCUGCUUUCCUGUUUUCGCUUUACUAUUGGGCUACACAAGUGGUAUUUUUAUUUUGCCAGACGAGAACGAAGUUUUAUAUUUUGCGGACUUAUAUUCUGGACUGUUUCUCGUUGUGGCCGCGGUUGCUGGUACAUCUAUGUGCAUCCAAAGCAGUACAUUUACCACUGCAGGAUUAAAAAUGACGACACGUCUUCGUUACAAGUAUUUUGCAGCUUUGUUAAGACAAGAAAUUGGUUACUUUGAUAGAGAAUCGAAUACAGUUGGUGCCGUAUGUGCGAGACUUAGUGGCGAUACAGCGGAAGUACAAGGCGCUACUGGAUUACGAAUCGGUCUUAUUCUGCAAGGAUUCAGUUCGGUUGCGGUUGGAUUCAUCAUGGCAAUGAGCUACAACUGGAAACUGACCCUCGUGGCUACUGCGUUUUUGCCUUUGAUGGUUGGAAGUAUUUGGUUGGAAGGUAUAAUGUCUCAAAAAUCACAGCAAGAUGAACGAGAAGCAAUGGAAUCUGCUACAGCGAUCGCAACAGAAGCAGUAGUUAGCAUCAAAACCGUUCAGAGCUUAGGUAUUGAAUCUUUGUUUAUUACAAGAUUUCAAGACGCACUGAUAGACGCUUGUGCAGCUGUCGUGAAGAAGAGUCGUUGGCGGGGCUUAGUCCUUGGUUUGUGUAUUUACGUUCCACUGCUGUCUUACUGCAGCGCUGUCAUUUAUGGAGCAGUUCUAGUCGCCCAUGGGGAAGUCGAAUACGAAGUUGUUUUACUUGUUACUGAGGCGGUGAUGUACGGAGCAUACAUGCUGGGUCAGUCAUUAGUAUACGCACCGAGCUUCAAUUCGGCAAAAACUUGCGGUGCAAGGAUCUUAUCUAUUAUAAACCGAGAGCCGAGAAUCAGAACAGUAGACGGUCUCAAAGAUAAAGCGGAUUGGUCCGCAUCAGGAAAUUUCAGUCUCAACGAUGUCGAAUUUAGUUAUCCUACUCGAGCACAUCAGAUGAUUCUCAAAGGUAUUGACUUGCACGUAGAAGCCGGCAAAACUGUUGCCCUUGUUGGUUCAUCAGGCUGCGGAAAAUCAACAGUGUUGCAACUUAUACAGAGAUUCUAUGAUCCCACAACUGGAAAUAUUGAAUUGGACGGUGUGGAUAUAACGAAAAGCUUAACACUGAAUCGACUCCGAAAACAACUUGGGGUGGUGCAACAAGAACCCAUUUUGUUCGAUCGCACCCUCGCAGAGAACAUCGCGUACGGUGACAACAGUCGCAAACCUACUAUGGAUGAAAUCAUUGCAGCAGCUAAAGCGGCCAAUAUACACAAUUUCAUCGUAUCUUUACCAAAGGGCUAUGAAACGAACUUAGGAUCAGGCGGUGCUCAAUUAUCAGGAGGACAAAAGCAGCGAGUGUGCAUAGCGCGGGCCCUCAUCAGAUCACCACGCCUACUCCUCUUGGAUGAGGCAACUUCAGCUUUGGACGCCAACAGUGAACGGGCUGUAACAGAGGCAUUGGAUCAUGCAGCCAAAGGCCGAACCUGCAUUACUAUAGCUCAUCGUCUAACUACAAUCAAGGACGCUGAUAUCAUUUGUGUUUUGGAUAAAGGUAAAAUAGUAGAAAAAGGCAACCACGCAGAGCUCAUUGGCCUCAAGGGACAUUACUGGCAACUAAGUAAACAGCAAAACGUCACGUGAAGAAAUUUUAAAACAAUUUUAAUAGCAUACAGAUAACAUAAUGAAAUGUCUUAAAUUGUGAAAUUUAAACAUUUACGUUAACAUGUACUUUUGAUAAAGUUCAUGAUCGCAGUAACCGAUAAAAAAUUAACAAAGUUCUCUGCAUACAGGCUACUUAGCUUAAUUUUAGAAUGUAAGCAACUCAAUUUAGAAAUAAGAGUACAUUUCGACUGAUUUCAAUGGUUUUUCAUUUAUUUCCAUUUUACAUUAACAGAACCGAUACCGUGUUGUUUUCCGUUUUAUGAAUAAAUUAUAUGUUCAAAUCCAGAUGUUUAUAAAGUAUUUACAUUGGUGUGCUCCGACUACAUCUAUCAAGAUAAUGCAUUAUUUAAAAUAAAAAAAGUUACGUUAUAAAUUUAAAGAAGACUCAUCGCAUUGAGGUCCGCUUCUUUGACCAUUCACAGUAAAUUUAUCUAGCAUAUGAGAGAGCUUCCAAGCUGAUGGAUAGAUUUAGGAAACUCAACAGAAAACCAGGUCUUUAAAGAUCAUCAGCGCUCUUCCAACACUAAAAACAUGUUCCUUUAUUUUUCGUCUUUAUUUAAGAAAUACUAAUAACAAAGUAUACAAACUCGACAAUACACAAACCUUCGUUUCCGUUCAUAAUUUAUUAUCGUAGUUUAUAAAUUCUAUCCGAUGCAGUAGUACACUUUCUGUAAAAAAAAUUCGAUCGAAAACAUAUAUUUACGUACAAAGACAUAUUACAUUAUAUUAGAUGCAAAUUUUUAUUAUACUUAAGACUACGUUCUUGUAACUAACAUUUAAAUUGCAACAGAGAAAGUUCGCUUAUAUCUAUGAAAUGUCUGAACGCUUUAACUAAAUAUCACGGACCGUAAUAAAAUUCAAUAAAUCAAAAUAACAAACAUAUGUAGUAUAUAUUAACAAAAUUAUACUAUAAUAAUAUAAAAUCAAUGGUUAACUAUUUGGUAUGACCGUAUUAAAGAUAUGCAUCUUCUUAAUAACUUUGUAAACGCAAGCGUUAUACACAAGUCUUAAUCGGUCCACUAUAUUUAUAUUAUAACAUGUCUUAAACAAUCCAUAUGCCAUCCAUAUAAAUAAACAUAAAUUGUUUCUUAUCAUUUCAAAUCACCGAUACCGACUUUUCAAACGGCUUGCAAACUAAAAAAAUUUAUUGACAAAAGUGUAUCGUUGAGACAUUUUAUUAAUAUACUAAAAACACCGAAAGCUUAAAAUUAUAAGAAAAAAAAAAGAUAUAAAAUUUUCUACGACACUUUGAAUUUACUUUAGGUUAAUAUGUAACGUGUUUGUAAAUAUGUACAUUUUAUUAUAUUUCCAUUUAAACAGUGACAUCAAAAAAUUGUCAACUGUUAUGCCAACUUUCAACAUUCGAAUUUCGAUCAAUCGGUCGAUCCAAUUUCGAAAGGAAGAUAUCAAAACGCGAGCACGACUUGUUUUGAACCGCUCGAUCUUACAAAGUCUACGCAGUUUUAGCGAGUUUACUAACUCACGCAAAUUAGGGACCUCAGGCACCGGUCACUGUCCUCGCCGAGCCUCGGCAAGGGCUCGACGAGUAAAUUAACCCAUAGACACAGCCCACUGCUUUUCUCGCCGGAUCUUCUCAGUGGG